AUAUACAGAGUAAAACUGAAUCUUUAAAGGAAACCAGGGGUACAAAUGGCUUUUAAUAAUGUUUCUUAAAAACCCUUCCUAGUGUGAUUCUCUGCUCCAUUCUUGUGUUUAUCCUGCACUUCAAGACUCAAGUCCUACCAACAGAACCACCUUGUGUCCACACACACCUAGAGUGGAAUUCUUUCUUCCUGAAAAACUAUCCACUAAAUGCAGAGGUCGUUUCUGUACAUUACAAAGGACUACUGGAUUUGCAAAGCCAUUUAGGCAGCCUCUACCUUUUGGGUCUAUGUUUGGAGGACAGAACAAGAGCACUUGGAAGUGAGUAUCAAUGGUCUAAAUCUAAAUGAACAAUUUUUGAACUUUACUGGGAAUGCCUGGAGAAAAAUUGAAUACUUCCCUCCCAAAGUCUAUUAAAGCAAGCUGUGGUGGCUUCUUCAUGAUGGAUCUAUUCAAUCAUCAUUGAUAAAAGUACAGUGGGGCCUCGCUAGACUAUUACCUCGCUUAACAACAAAUUUGCUAUACAAUGACUUUUGGGAGUGAUGUUGCGCUUCGCAAAACGAUGGUUCCUAUGGCUGAUUUUCGCUUGCCGAUGUUUAGGACCUUGCCUUGCAAGAUGGUUAAUUUUUGUGACCCUGUUUUGCUAUACGAUGAUUUUGACAGCUUGGGUUCUGUGCUUCGCUAGAUGAGUGUUUUAACAGUCGCUGUUUUGCUAGACAACUGUCUGCAGUGUGUUUUUUUCUGUUGUUGUUUUCUUUCAAAUUUCAACAGUCAAUACCCAGGAUGCAUUGUGCCUUGUGCCAGGAAGGUUUAAAAACCCUUCCCCAUGCAGCCUGGGGUUACUUUUCCACAUACAGUUCCAAGGUUGACUUCUUGAGGAGCAACUUUGGUUUGUCUUGUGGAUGCAUCCUGAGCUCAAAGAGAACUGAAGAGAAGAUCUGUAGAACUUCUUGGCCAGCAAAAGGCAUCCUUUCUGUCGGGUGGUGUAGCCUUCGGUGGAAUUUUCCAGAACUUCUUGGACAGCAAAAGGUAGGUCUGCAUUUCUUUCCCUGUUUUGGGGGGGAGGUUAUGCCAAGUUUUAUUAUUUUAGGCAUCCUAUUUUUGGUGAGGUUGGUGUAGUGUGGUCUUCAGUGAAGUUGGAGUUUUCCAGAACUUUUUGGGCAGCAAAAGGUAGGUAGAUCUACAUUUCUUCUCCUGUUUUCUUUGUGGGGGAGGGAGGUUAGGCUAAGUUUAAUUUUUUUAAAUUUCUUUGGUAAGGCAUCCUCCUGUCUUUCAUCUGGUGUGGUCUUCAGAGGAGUUUUCCAUAACUUUUUGGACAGCGAGAUGUAGGUCUGCAUUUGUUCUCCUGUGUUGGGGGGGGGGAGAAUUAUACUUGUGCUGGGGGGAGUGUUAUGCCACUUGUUUGUCCAGGGCAGUUUUGGCCAGGGGUGGGAAGGUGUGUGGGAAGGUGAAGCGGAUGUAAAGCACUGCCAUUUGUUUUUGUGUACGUAGCAGCUGCUGACAUGGGUCCCAAGAAGCCUGCUUCUGCAGGGGCCGGGAAGAUGACCAAGAAGAAGAUAACCCUGGAGAUGAAGGAGGAGGUCAUCCGGAAGUACAACAGAGGCACGCGCAUCGCGGUCAUCGCCAGGGAGUACGGGAGGAAUCCACCAUUGGUACCAUUGUGAAGAUGAGGGAGAAGAUCCUUGCCACAGAUGCAGCCAAGGGAGUCACCAGGAUCGUGAAGAACCGGCCAGCUGUUCUGGAGGAGUUGAGAAAUUGCUGCUCAUCUGGAUGCAGAAGCAGCAUUCAGGGGACACAGUGACUGAGGCUGUCAUCUGCGAGAAGGCCAGGGAGCCUCAGCCGAGCCAGAAGAAUUCAAGGCAAGCAGAGGCUGGUUUGAAAGAUUCAAAACCAGAUCUGGAAUCCACAGCAUGGUCAGGCAUGGAGAGGCUGCCAGCUCCGAUGUUCCUGCGCCUGAGGACUUUGCCAUGGAGUUCCUGGAGGUCGUGAUGACAAAGGGCUACCUUCCACAGCAGGUCUUCAAUUGCGACGAGACCGGGCUGUUUUGGAAGAGGAUGCCCCAAAGCACCUUCCUGACUCAAGAGGAGAGCAAGCUGCCUGGCCACAAGCCCAUGAAGGACCGUCUCAACCUCCUCUUCUGUGCCAACGCCAGCGGGGAUCUGAAGAUAAAGCCCUUGCUUGUCUACCACUCCAAGAACCCACGGGCUUUCAAGAAACACAAGGUGGACAAAGGCUGGCUGAGCGUGAUGUGGCGAUCUAAUGCCAAGGCUUGGGUCACACGCGUCCUCUUUGUGGACUGGGUCAAUCAGACUUGGCCCAGCAGUCAAGCGGUACCUGGUGGACAAUGACCUGCCACUGAAGGCCCUGCUCCUGCUGGACAAUGCUCCUGCCCAUCCUCCAGGCCUUGAGGACGACUUGUUGGAGGAGUUCAGCUUCAUCAAGAUCAUGUUUCUGCCGCCUAAUACCACCCCGGUACUCCAGCCGAUGGACCAGCAGGUCAUUGUGAACUUCAAGAAGAGGUACACCAAGGAGCUUUUCCGGUGCUGCUUCGAGGUGACCGAUACCACCAACCUCACCUUGCUUGAAUUUUGGAGGGAGCACUUUGACAUCGUCAUCUGUCUGAAGUUGAUCACCAUGGCCUGGGACGGGAUCAGCCAGAGGAACCUGAACUCUGCUUGGCUCAACCUCUGGCCAGAAUGUGUGGCAACUGGUGUUUCUGCGCUUGCACCAGAGUCCAGAGUGAUGGAGGACAUUGUGGCCUUGGGGAGGAACAUGGACUUCGAGGUCACAGAGGACAUCUGCGAACUGGUGGAGGGCCACAACCAGGAUCUGUCCACCCAGGAGCUGUUCGAGCUGCAGGCAGAGGUUACGGAGGAGCAGGAAGAAGAACCAGGGGAGGAACAGCUGUCCACCAGUGAACUGAAGCUCUUGCACCAGUAGCAGAACGUUCAGACUCAAAUUCAACGGCACCACCUGGACAAGGCUCUGGGACAUCAGCUUGUGCACUUUUGAUGAGAAGCUUAUGACCCCUUUUCAGAGGGAUGCUGAAAAGGAGGCAGAAGCAGCUCACCAUGGAGAGGUUCCUCACAAAGAGGCCAAGACAGGAAGAGGAACCUGCGGCUUCCACCAGUGGUGCCCAGUUGCCUUCUACCUCCUCCUCGUCCCCCUAGAAGACUGGACUGCUGCUGUGAUGUGGGGACAGUUUUGUGUGCCUCCAGGUUCCUGAACUGAACACUGGUGCUGGUGGUUUAGAGACUUCAGCUUCACUUCUUCAGUUUUAAAAUGUUAAAUGUAAAAAGUUUCUGUAAUGUUUAUGCAAUUCCUGAAAAAUUUCUGUAUGUUUCUGCACUUUAUGAAGAGUUUCUGUAUGUUCAUGCACUUUCUAAAGAGUUUUGUAUAAUCCAGUGACUGUUUCUGUUCAGUUUCACUGAAGGCAGAUGUUCCUGCCUCA